CGGGUUUGUCCUGCACAGAUUGUUAAUUAGGAGUGUGAUGCGUCACUCCUCCUGUUAAUCUGCGAGCGAUAACGUCGCCUUCUGUUAUAAAAAGGAGCCGGCAGCCAUGCAAGGAAUCAAAAAAUCACCCAAAGAAGAGUUUUCUUUACUUCCGAGUUUAGUAGCGUUAACUUAAAAAAAAAUCAAAGAUGUGGAAGAUCGUUUUUGCCAUUUUUGCGGCUCUUGUCGCCGUGGGGCAGUGCAUACCCGGAGGGUUCAAUGACGUCGAUAUCAACGACCCGAACUUCAACAAUGCGCUGAACUUCGCCGUUGCCUUGCACAACAACGGCAUCACGGACCCGUACCUCCACCAGGUGGUUUUCAUCAUCUCCGCCAAGGUUCAGGUGGUUGCAGGUUUUAACUACAUAAUUGUUGUGCAGUUGGGACGGACAAACUGCGAAAAGGGCAGACCAAAUAAUGGAUGUACUGUCUUCUCUGACCCAGCUCAAGCCCAGAUUUACCAGUGCACGUUCACCGUGUUCAGUCCUCUGAAUUCCAACGGUUUCCAGCUGCUUGGAAAGAAAUGCUAUUAAAUUUAAACCUUGACUUCA